ACACCUUGAGAUUACUCCGCCAUUUUUUUGCGCGUUUCAGAAACGCGUUUUCGAUUCCUCGGUUUUAUUUGCGGAAAAAAUAUGUGAAGUGCUCUUGCGGCAAGCAGCAAACUGGCAGAAUUGAGAACAGAGGACCCACCAGAUCGAUCCAAAUACCAGGAGUAGCUCCGGAUACCGUGGCUUGCGCCGAAGUGAUAAGCGUGCCGAAUGCAGACGCAUGUGUUACGCAGCAGAGUUCCGAUUUUCGCACCGUAAAAACAUAAUUGGCAUUGGAGAUUGGAGUGGAUUUUGGAGUGAGCUAGUAGUAGGAGUAGGAGCCAACCGCGUUCCGCCAUGAGUUUUUCCAGCGACGAGGUGAACUUUCUGGUUUACCGAUACCUGCAGGAGUCGGGCUUUCUGCACUCGGCCUACGUGUUUGGCAUUGAGUCGCACAUCUCGCAAAGUAAUAUCAAUGGCGCAUUGGUUCCACCGGCCGCCUUGCUCACCAUCCUGCAGAAGGGUCUUCUCUAUACCGAAGUGGAGUGGAGCGUUGGUGAGGACGGCGAGGUGGCGCGGCCCAUUGAGGGACUCUCCCUUAUAGACGCUGUCAUGCCGGAGGUGAAGACACCCAAGGCCAUAGUGAAAACAGAGCCAGGAAAACCCGGCGCAGUUGACUCUUCUGCCACUGCCGGCAACCAGAACAACAACGCCAAGCCAGAGAUCAAAAUCGAACCGGGUACCGGAGUGGCGGGCUUAGCAAGUGGAAACAAGACCGCCGGCAGCACCACGGGCACCAGCACGCCAACCGAUCAGUCAGCCAGCGAGGUGGACUCCAGUGGAAACCCGGCGAAUAACACUGGCGGCACAUAUGCUGGAAACAAUGGAGCUGGAGGCAAUCAGGCCAGUACCGGAGGAGCCAUUAGCACAAGCACACCAGCUGGCGGAGAUUCAACGGCACCUGGGGCAAAUCAAAAGAAAUCACAGAACUCCAAUGAAGCGGGAAGCUCAUCCAGCGGCAAUGCAGGCAAUGCGAAUGCCACCAGCACCGAUGAUGCAGCCUCCUCUACUUCCACAAAUGGCAAUAGCAGCACUUCCAGCAGCGUAGAGCAGCCUUCAAGCGGGCUGACGCCCGCUGGCGGAACUGUAUCCACCUCCAAUCCGGACGCAGCAGCAUCGGGGGGAGCAUCCACUGCAGCAGGAUCCAAGGCGCCCAGUGGAGCGGUUACGAUUCGCGUAGGAGCGCAAGGAAACAACGUGCAGUCGGGUUCGUCCACUGCUCAAAACUCUGCUCCCAGUGGAACCAUCUCCUCGUCCACCAGCGGAGGUGCUGGGACUCCCGCAGCUCUUGUGCCCAUGGACAUUGACGAGAGCAUCGAAAUACCAGAAUCCAAGGCUCGUGUACUACGCGGCCACGAGAGCGAGGUGUUUAUCUGCGCCUGGAAUCCCAGCCGGGAUUUACUGGCAAGUGGUUCGGGAGACAGCACUGCCAGGAUAUGGGACAUGUCCGAUGCAAACACCAACUCCAACCAGCUGGUGCUGCGCCACUGCAUCCAGAAAGGCGGCGCUGAGGUGCCUAGCAACAAGGACGUCACCUCUCUGGACUGGAAUUGCGAUGGCUCCCUGCUCGCCACCGGCAGCUACGAUGGCUACGCCCGAAUUUGGAAGACCGACGGUCGACUUGCAUCCACUUUGGGACAACACAAGGGUCCGAUCUUUGCUUUGAAGUGGAACAAGUGUGGUAACUACAUCCUCUCGGCUGGCGUGGACAAGACGACAAUCAUCUGGGACGCAUCCACGGGCCAAUGCACGCAGCAAUUCGCCUUUCACAGUGCUCCAGCCUUGGAUGUGGACUGGCAGACAAACCAAGCCUUUGCAUCAUGCAGUACGGAUCAGCGGAUACAUGUGUGCCGAUUGGGUGUAAAUGAACCGAUCAAGACUUUUAAAGGACACACGAACGAGGUGAAUGCCAUUAAGUGGUGUCCGCAGGGCCAACUGCUGGCGUCGUGCUCUGAUGACAUGACCCUCAAGAUCUGGAGCAUGAACCGAGAUCGCUGCUGCCACGAUCUGCAGGCUCACUCAAAGGAGAUCUAUACGAUAAAAUGGUCGCCCACGGGGCCGGGAACCAAUAAUCCAAACACAAACCUAAUCCUCGCAUCCGCUUCGUUCGAUUCCACGGUAAGACUGUGGGACGUGGAGAGGGGCAGCUGCAUCCACACACUCACCAAGCACACGGAGCCAGUCUACUCGGUGGCCUUCAGUCCGGAUGGAAAGCAUUUGGCCUCCGGCAGCUUCGACAAGUGCGUACACAUUUGGAGCACGCAAACGGGCCAGCUGGUGCACAGUUACAAGGGCACGGGCGGCAUCUUCGAGGUCUGCUGGAACUCCAAGGGCACUAAGGUCGGUGCCAGUGCCUCCGAUGGAAGCGUUUUCGUGCUGGACCUGCGAAAGUUCUGAUUGCCGGAGCAGCCGCAACUGGAUUUCGUCUAUUGAGCCAACGCUUAAAGUAGUCAGGACUCCUUUUCCAACUCAUUAUUUGGUAAAAAUGGAAUCAGUAGUUUUUCACUUGCACAAGGAACGAGAAGUUUUUUACUUUAAUUUUGAUUCAAAUAUUGAAUAUAUUAAUAUAUAUUUUCUAAAGAAGUGAAAUCAUAUAUCGGUUCCAAUUCUGCCAACAUAAAUCGAUUUGGAUCUGGAAACCGGGCCUUAGGUAACUCUUUCUUAGCUAUCCCGCCCUGCAAUCUGUAUUUGUAAUUGCUUUAAGUUCUAAUUAGCUGUUUAAGGUACAACUCUUGAGAUCCUCCCGCUUUUGUCCACGUCUAUUUCGUACGCUUACUUUUGAGUCACACAAUAUCGAUAUGCACCUGGGAUUUUAAGGGCUCCAACUUGGUUGUUGUUCUCUUCCGAUCAGCGGGAUGCGACUCGCCUCAUUUUAAUCUUAGUUGUAAGCUCUAUGUUUCUAAGGUCGUCCCUUUUUAUACAAAAAUCGUUUAGUAUAACUUUGCAUUUUGUUAUUGUGUCGAUCAAAGAUGCCAGCCAACGCCCCUCCAAAAGUCCUUUACCCAAUUCCACAGUUGUCCUCCAAAAAAGGGAUAUCACGAGAUCAGAUCAGACCGAUUCACGCAUACAUUCAGAACAGUGUAACUGCAGUCCCACGUAGUCUGUAAUCGAACGUAAUUAUUAAGAACACGAGAUUGGCGAAAACACAGAAACAUCAGCAAAAAUACAUUAAAGAUACAAA